AGGAGCAUUGUAUAUUGUAGAGAGAGAGAGAGAGAGAGAGAGGGGGAUUGGAAGGUGACUCCUGGGAGAAAGAAAGGACCAAACCGAACCAAAAGAAACCCUAGAUUUCUUGCUGCUGAAAGCGCCAAAUUGCUUUCUUUCUUUUGAUUCUCAGAUCCAAAUUUUCUUGUUUCGGAGCUGUGAUCGUGCCCAGUUAUAGUCGUUUCGAACAAAAGCAGUUGUGGGUUUUGUUUAUAAUCUUGCGAUCUUGUGAAAGAUUUUUUUGGAUUGAGGGUGUACCGUAGAAUUGGUUAAAAGAUGAUGUCUAGAUCGUAUACCAAUCUUUUAGAUCUAGCUUCCGGGAACUUUCCGGUAAUGGGUCGCGAAAAGAAGCGCCUUCCCCGUGUAAUGACGGUUCCGGGGGUUAUUUCUGAGCUUGACGAUGAUCAGGCCAAUAGUGUAUCAUCGGACGUUCCAUCCUCGCUUGCUCAGGACCGUAUCAUUAUUGUCGCUAAUCAGCUCCCUGUGAAAGCAAAGCGUAGGCCUGAUAAUAAAGGGUGGAGUUUUAGUUGGGAUGAGGACUCAUUGUUAUUACAGCUGAAGGAUGGUUUACCUGAAGAUAUGGAGGUUCUGUAUGUAGGGUCUUUGAGGGUUGAUGUUGAUUCCAGUGAACAAGAUGAUGUGUCGCAGCUUUUGUUGGAUAGGUUUAAGUGUGUCCCAGCUUUUUUACCGCCUGAUAUUUUGUUAAAGUUUUAUCAUGGGUUUUGUAAACAGCAUUUGUGGCCGCUUUUUCAUUACAUGCUUCCCUUCUCGGCGAAUCAUGGUGGACGGUUUGAUCGGUCUUUGUGGGAGGCAUAUGUGGCGGCAAAUAAGAUUUUCUCGCAAAGGGUGAUCGAGGUUAUAAACCCUGAGGAUGACUAUGUUUGGAUUCAUGAUUACCAUUUGAUGGUGCUGCCUACCUUCCUGAGGAGGAGGUUCAAUAGGCUGAGAAUGGGGUUUUUUCUCCACAGUCCAUUUCCUUCAUCAGAGAUAUAUAGGACUCUGCCUGUAAGGGAAGAGAUUCUCAAGGCACUUUUGAAUUCGGAUCUAAUUGGUUUCCACACUUUUGAUUAUGCUCGGCAUUUCCUGUCUUGUUGCAGCCGAAUGUUGGGUUUGGAGUAUCAGUCCAAAAGGGGUUAUAUUGGGUUGGAAUAUUAUGGAAGGACUGUGGGGAUAAAAAUCAUGCCGGUUGGUAUUCACAUGGGACAGAUUGAAUCUGUUUUGAAACUCGCAGAUAAGGACUGGAGGGUGGGAGAGCUCAAGCAACAGUUUGAAGGAAAAACUAUAUUGCUUGGGGUUGAUGAUAUGGACAUAUUUAAAGGCGUCAAUUUGAAACUCCUGGCAAUGGAACAGAUGUUGAAGCAGCACCCAAAAUGGCAAGGAAGGGCAGUUUUAGUACAGAUUGCAAACCCUGCUAGGGGAAGAGGGAAAGAUCUCGAGGAAAUACAGGCUGAAAUACAUGCAAGUUGCAAGAGGAUUAACAAAAAUUUUGGCCGUCCUGGGUAUGAACCGAUUGUCUUCAUUGACAAACCAGUUUCUCUCAGUGAACGAGCAGCAUAUUACACUGUUGCUGAGUGCGUUGUGGUCACAGCUGUGAGGGAUGGAAUGAAUCUUACACCUUAUGAGUACAUUGUUUGCAGGCAGGGCGUUUCUGGGUCGGAGUCAAGUUCAGAAUUGAGUGUGCCCAAGAAGAGCAUGCUAGUAGUAUCAGAGUUCAUUGGCUGUUCGCCUUCAUUGAGUGGUGCAAUUCGGAUCAACCCAUGGAACGUUGAAGCAACUGCUGAGGCAAUGAAUGAGUCAAUUUCAAUGGCUGAUGCUGAGAAGCAAAUGCGCCAUGAGAACCAUUAUAGGUAUGUGAGCUCACAUGAUGUGGCAUUCUGGGCAAGGAGCUUUUUCCAAGAUAUGGAAAGGACUUGCAAGGACCAUUUCAAAAGACGUUGUUGGGGAAUUGGUUUGAGCUUUGGUUUCAGGGUUGUGGCGCUGGAUCCUAGUUUCAGAAAGUUGUCUAUUGAUUCCAUUGUGGCUGCGUAUUCAAGGUCCAGAAAUAGGGCUAUACUUUUGGAUUAUGAUGGUACUGUAAUGCCCCAAACUUCCAUCAACAAGAGCCCAAGUCAAGAGGUUAUCUCUAUCAUAAACAUGCUUUGUAGUGAUGUUAAAAACACUGUGUUUGUUGUCAGCGGAAGAGGAAGAGAUAGUUUAGGCAAGUGGUUUACUCCUUGCAAGAAAGUUGGAAUUGCUGCUGAACAUGGUUACUUCAUGAGGUGGCCUGCUCAAAAGGAUUGGGAAACCUGCGGACAGAGCAAUGAUUUUGGGUGGACACAGAUAGCUGAGCCUGUUAUGAAAUUGUAUACUGAAUCCACUGAUGGUUCUUACAUUGAAACUAAGGAGAGUGCCUUGGUUUGGCACCAUCGGGAUGCAGACCCUGGUUUUGGAUCUGGCCAGGCUAAGGAGAUGUUGGACCAUCUAGAAAGUGUGCUAGCAAAUGAACCCGUUGCUGUCAAAAGUGGUCAGUACAUUGUUGAAGUGAAGCCACAGGGAGUCAGUAAAGGUUUGGUUGCAGAAAAGAUUUUCACAGCAAUGGCGGAGAGAGGCAAGCAAGCUGAUUUUGUACUAUGUAUCGGUGAUGACCGAUCUGAUGAGGAUAUGUUUGAGAUCAUUGGCAAUGCAAUUAAUAGUGGUGUCCUCUCUUCUAAUACGUCCGUAUUUGCGUGCACUGUUGGACAGAAGCCAAGUAAAGCCAAAUACUAUUUGGAUGACACAAUAGAGGUCAUAAACAUGCUUGAUGCUCUUGCAGAUGCUUCAGAUCCUACAUCCUCCCCGAGUGAUGAAGAUGAAAGUUCCCCUUGAAGUCCUCCUCCAUGGCUUUUCCUCUAACUUCAGUGCUUCUGCUUUAAGCCAAUCAGGAAGAAUAACAUGCUGGUCUAUGAUUAAAGGUGAUGAUGCUUUUCAUCUCUGUUUGAAGUAACUUGGUGGGAGAAACUUUAUAUGACUUCUUUCUGAUCAUUUGGUGGCCAUUUUGGAAAAACAUCAACAGCUUGGAUUUUUUUGUCUGUGACAUAAACAUGCAAAGAGAAGUGUGGAUUGUAUGGGUUUUACUUGGAAAGCAGAAUUUUUUUACAUCAGCUCAGCCACCUGAAGGAUUUGACGGGACCUACCACAUCUGUUCAUGGGUAGAAAUGUCUAAAUAAUCGCUGCACAUACACAUAAAAGGCUCUCCAGCCUGCUUAAUGCAAAUUAUAAUACUGAUCAGGUAGUCCAGGUGUAUCUUCUUGCAUAUUCUAGCAGGGAUAAGUAACUUUUCAUUUUGGGAAAGAUGUGCAAGGGAUUACAGAAAACAUGUUUCAGCUGAAGUAGACGCCCCCAUUAGAUGAAACGGUACACUGGUGCCUUUUUUUUUUUUUUUUUUUUGCCCUUUUAAAUUUUGAGUGAAUUUCUUUUACCAUUGUUACUCGGAUUAUUGUUUUGCAUAUUAAGUCUGUAAAUUCUAUAGCAAAAUUUCCAAUUUCCAAUUUAA